CUUGAUGCUAUAAGCUAGUAGUAAGCCAUGUCUACAGUCGGCAACGGCGCACACAUCCUCGUCUACCCUUAUCCUGCGCCUAGUCACAUUAUACCCCUUCUCGAUCUCACCCGUCUGUUACUCACCCGCGGCUUCACCGUCACCGUAUUGGUCACACCCAAGCAUCUCCCUAUACUCCAACCUCUCCUUUCAACCCACCCCUCCACUUCUAUCCAACCCCUCCUCCUCUCUCAUCCCCCAAAGCCCCCCAAUUCCGGGCUCAUCGCUAAAGUGCGCGCCUCCAGUGAACUCUACCACCCCAUCCUUCAGUGGUUUCGAUCCCACCCUAACCCUCCUGUGGCCAUCGUAUCUGAUUUUUUCCUCGGCUGGACCAACAACCUAGCUCGCCAGCUCGGCUUGCCACGUGUCGUUUUCUGGCCAUCUGGUGCUUUUGCUGCCUCCGUUCUUGAUUCCCUGUGGCGCAAUCUACCGAGAAAUGAUGAACCUCACAACGACGACUUCUUGAUCAAUCUAACUAGUGUUCCGAAUUCCCCAGUAUACCCCUGGUGGCAAUUGUCUGAGGUCUACCGCGAAUACGUAGAAGGCGACCCAGAUUUCGAAUUCUUCAGGAACAGCUUUUUGGACAACUCGGAGAGUUGGGGAAUUUUAUUCAAUUCGUUCAGUGAUUUGGAACAAAUUUACAUUGAUCACGUCAAGAAAGAGUUGGGACACACACGUGUCUGGGCCGUGGGACCCCUUUUGCCUCCUGAUGACGUGGGGUCCGCUACACGUGGCGGACAAGGUGCUGUGUCACAUCACGAGGUGAUGACGUGGCUCGACAGCAAGGCAGUUGACUCGGUUGUGUACGUGUGCUUUGGGAGUCGCGGCGUGCUGACAAGUAAGCAAACCGAAGCACUAGUGGCUGCGAUCCAGCAUAGUGGGGUGCAUUUUAUUUGGGCUGUGAAGGCCAAUGGUAAAGGACACGUGGCCAAUGAUGCCGGUGCAAUUCUAGAUCAAUUUGAAGAACGAGUGGGACCUAAAGGUUUUAUCAUCAGAGGAUGGGCCCCACAGGUGGCAAUACUGAGGCACCGAGCCGUAGGAGCGUUCUUGACUCACUGCGGGUGGAACUCAGUGUUGGAGGGAUUAGCUGCUGGGGUGGCGAUGCUGACGUGGCCAAUGGGUGCGGACCAAUUUACAAACGCUAAACUGUUGGUUGACCAGAUUGGCGUGGCGGUUCGAGCUUGUGAGGGUGGGGAUCAAUUUGUUCCUGACUCGACCGAGUUGGCUAGGUUAUUGGCCGAGUCGGUGAGUGAGACGGAGCCUAAGAGAACACGAAUGAUGCAAUUAUGUGAUGCUGCUUUGAAUGCUUUCACGGGAGGCAGUUCAAGCAUGGAUUUAGAGGAUUUUCUCAACCGACUCGGUGAGCUUCAAAGAAAAGAGUUGUGAUUAAUUCACCCAUGCACACUUUAUUACUUCUGUCGUACAUUUUGUUUUACUCCCUUUGAAUGAAACAUUUUAUUAUUAUUAUUAUUAUUAUUAUUUAUUUUAUGAAA